AAUCACCUACUACGAAUUUUCUUCCUUCUGGCUUUCUUCUUUCUCCAUGUAUUAAAAAAUAUGGCUAAGUUUUUUAUAUCCUAUAGUUAUAAGCUCAUUAUUUUCUUUAUUAUGAGUUAUUUAAAUUUAAUGUCCAUUUUAGGAAAAUUAAAGCCAUGGAAUCCUUCAAUUCCUUAUGAAGUUUUUUCUCUUAAUAUUUCAUCUAAACUUAGUACAAAUUCUGAUGAUAUUAUAUUAUCUUCCAAAGAUUUUGGAAAAAUUAUUCAAGAAAUGUUUCCAGCUGCUGUUCUUUAUCCUUCUAAUAUUAAUGACAUAAUUGACCUCAUUAAAUUUUCAUAUGACCUUUCUGUCCCUUUUCAUGUAGCAGCUAGAGGUCAUGGACAUUCCAUUAGGGGACAAGCCAUGGCACAUAAUGGAGUUAUUGUGGAAAUGAAUUCUUUAAAUAAUAAUAAUGAUAAUGAUAAUAAUAAUAAUAAUAAUAAUAAUAAUGAGAAUUGUGGAAUUAAGGUUUCUUGGGAUUCGGAAUUAGGGUUUUACGCGGAUGUCGGAGGUGAACAGUUAUGGAUUGCCGUUCUCCGUACCACCCUAGAGUAUGGUCUAGCACCCAUCUCGUGGACGGAUUAUUUGUACCUUACCGUAGGUGGUACUCUUUCUAAUGCAGGCAUUAGUGGUCAAACCUUUCGACAUGGCCCUCAAAUCACUAAUGUUCAUGAAAUGGAUGUUAUUACAGGUAAAGGGGAUUUUGUGACUUGCUCCAAAGACAAGAAUUCAGAAUUGUUUUUUGCAGUUUUAGGAGGUUUGGGACAGUUUGGAAUAAUAACAAGAGCAAGAAUUGUCUUAGAUAAAGCACCAACAAGAGUGAAAUGGGUGAGAUUGUUGUAUGAUGAUUUCUCAAAAUUCACAAAAGAUCAAGAACAUCUUAUUUCAAUUGACGGAUUGGAUUAUGUUGAAGGUUCUCUAAUGUUGGAACAAAGCUCUCUAAGUAAUUGGAGAUCUUCAUUUUUUCCACCUUCCAAUCAGACCAAAAUUGCAUCAUUUUUAUCACAAAAUAAAACGAUGUAUUGCUUGGAAAUGGUCAAGUACUACGAUGAUCACACUGCUAGUACUAUUGACGAGGAAUUGAAAAAGUUGGUAAAAGGGUUAAACUAUUUGGCUGGAUUUAUGUUCAAGAAAGAUGCCACAUUUGUGGAAUUUUUGAAUAGAGUAAGAAGUGGGGAAUUGGAGUUACACUCAAAAGGAAUGUGGGCUGUUCCACAUCCAUGGCUCAAUUUGUUUGUGCCAAAGUCAUCUAUCAUGGAUUUUAAUGUUGCUGUUUUUGUGGACAUCAUUCUCAGACAAAAUAAGGCUACUGGACCCAUCCUUGUCUACCCAACAUACAGGAAAAAAUGGGAUGACAGAAUGUCAGCAGUAAUACCAGAAGAGGAUACAUUUUAUUGUGUGGGACUUUUACAUUCUGCAAGAGGAUAUGAUGAAUGCAAGAUUUUGGAUAAUCAAAAUGAAGAAAUAUUGAAGUAUUGUGAUAAUACUGGCCUAAAUAUAAAGCAAUAUCUUCCACAUUACAAAACAAAAGAAGAUUGGAUAAAACACUUUGGGAAAAAAUGGAAUAUUUUUCAACAAAGGAAAAAUCAAUUCGAUCCAAAAAAGAUUUUAUCUCCAGGGCAAAGAAUUUUUAAUUAGUAAUGCAUGUACUUAGUUGUAUUGAGCUACAAAGUCUAAAAAUAGUGAAGUUUAAGUUGUUUAUUGUUUUAGUUUAUGUAUUUUUUUUCUUUGGAAAAUUGAAAGAUAAACUAGAUGAUGUAAAGCUUUCUAGUUAAUUAUAAUAUCAGUCAAUUUAUUGUUUUAAUUUAAUUAUUUAUUUUUAAUAAAUAUUUAUGAUGUUCAAUUUUAU